CAGGGGCUUACGGAUAUGUCCACCCAUCCACGUGUGGAUCGCAGCGUUGUGGAUUAAUGAACAGAUGCAGGAGUGCCUUCCGAUCCUCUGCCGAAAGCAUCCAGAACAACUUGAACACCGCCGAGAGCGUCGAGGCAAGUGCACUCUUAAGAGCACCCCGGCUCUGAACUUGGUGUGCACCCACUGAGCAAGCCCCCUCGAGGCCGACAGGACAUCCGAGACGCGUCACCAGAUUGCGAGCUUUCGCCCCCGCCGCCUCUCCUGCCGGUUAAUAGGACCACGACGCCGGCCGGAAGUCGGCGAAGCGGCCAGAUUAUUGUCCGCUUCCCGUCGAGAUCGCUACCAGUCUUGGUCGGGAGCCGACGUCGGCGGCGGCGACUUCAGCCCGGACGACCGAGCACGACUCGAGCGCCCCUCGCUGCGACGCGGGAGCCCCACGACGCCGAAACCUCCAUGUCGUCCCCAAUCAGGGAUCUCAAACCCGGUGCACGGACUUGCGACUCGAAGUCCUGGCUCCUUUGGGACUGAUCAUCCGCGUGUUGCCCGUGGAGACGCCUCUCGACUUGGCGGUUCGCGGCUCACCUGGUCAGUGUCCCUCGGUAGAUGUGUCGCGUUUACCGGUCAUGCCGACUUGACUAGCCAGCGCUCGUGUUCUUGUGCGUCUCUAUUUCUGUUGACGUCUUUGUCUACGCCUCCAGAGCUUGAAGAGCGGCCUCUUCGACAGGAGCACCUGAAUGUGAUACAACAAAAUAGUAGUAUUUCUAUCUUCCUCUUUUCCCAGUUUUAGACGUUCCGGCGACGCUCGACGAAGCUUGCUCUUGAUAUUUAUGUCAUAUUUUUGAGGGCUCAAGCCUCGUUGGUGUCACAAAGCCUAGCCACGUCGAGCUCUGCUGAGAAUUAGGUCAUCAGCGAUCGUGGCUGUGGCUCCAUCCUUUUAAGCGAUCCUCCGUUUGUAGCAAAGAGAGGUGUUUGUACCUCGGACCAAAUUGGAAGACCUCCGCGACUAGUCAUCGUCUUCAGCGGUUCGGGAUUUUGUGACCAGCAACGGCCAACAAGUUGGCCCCUCAGAGCGUGCUUCGUGUGGGCGGUUUGUGCAGUGCUCAAAAGUUUCGCUUUUCCAAGGACCCCUGUGGAAGCGAGACGGUCGUCAUGUCGUGCUGAGUUGACAUGGAGCUGAACGAGAGCGACCUGGGCAACGCCAGCGGCGACGCCGUGUCCCUGGUGAACCUGAGUUCGGAGGACAUUAUGACUGAGAAUGUGUACAUCAUGCCCUGGUGGGGCCAGGCGGCCUGGACUCUGCUCUUCGGCUGCAUGGUCAUGGUGGCCACGGGCGGCAACCUGAUCGUCAUCUGGAUUGUGCUGGCGCACAAGCGUAUGCGCACUGUCACCAAUUACUUCAUCGUGAACCUCAGUCUGGCGGACACGAUGGUGUCCACGCUGAACGUCAUCUUCAACUUCAUCUACAUGCUGAACGGGAACUGGCCCUUCGGCACAGCCUUCUGCAAGGUGUCCAACUUUAUCGCCAUCGUGUCCGUGGCGGCCAGCGUCUUCACACUCAUGGCCAUCUGCAUUGACAGGUGA